GCAGUCUCAGAACUGAGACACCCAGAAAAACUAUCUUCCACGAUGUAACCCAAUUUUGAAAACAAAAUGCACCAUGUUUCUUAAAUUAAAAUAAUUUCAAACUACUACACGGCGCCCUAGCAAAACAGUUCGAGUGUCUGCAGUCUGCGCUAACCUAGGAACCAUUGUUUAUGAGUCUUAGUUUUUGUAUGCGUAUCGGAUAGGUUUUCAAUGUGGCGCAGAAUAAGCAUGGCACCUUACGCUGUAAAUUACAGACUCUGAUACAUUUGUAAAAUAAAUAUAUUCUGAUGCACAGACAGUAUCUAAUCUGGAGUGAGUAUUUAUUUCAAAUAAACUCUCCCCACUGUGAACCAUGGCCUGUCGAGUUGUGCCCCGAGUGUUGUCCUGCCGGUUUGCGUCGAGCUCUUCAGCAUCGCGCCUGUCCAGUGUGGAGCUCCAGCGGCUGCGCAACGAUCUCUUCACGAGGGAGAAAGCACGGCAGCAGUCACUGACCCCUCGCAUCGAGAAGAUUGAGGUGAAGCUGGUGGGCAAGACACACCCUGGGACUCUGUUUGUCAUGAACAAAGGGCUCUCCACACCAUACAGCUGUGCCAGGCACUUGAGUGAAUGGCACAGUAAGAACUCCAUACUGGCUCUGGUGAAUGGGGAAGUGUGGGACAUGCACUGUCUUCUUACCCAGUCCUGCGAGAUCCAGUUCCUUACCUUCAAGGAUGAGGACCCUGAGGAGGUCAACAAGGCGUAUUGGCGGUCGUGUGCCAUGCUGAUGGGACAGGUGCUGGAGUCUGCCUUUAAGGAAGAGUUCUCUGUGGAGCUGCUCCAGAGCCCUGAGGUGCCAGUUCUCUCUGGAGCCUUUUGCUAUGAUGUUGUCCUGGACAGUCACUUAGAUUCCUGGAACCCUUCAAAGGAGAACCUGCGUGCUCUCACCAGAGCAGUCCACAGCCUGCUUCACCAGGACCUGCCCUUUGAACCCCUUGAGGUCCAGCCCAAGGUUGCCUUGGAAAUGUUCCAGCACAGCAAGUGUAAGCAGGCUCAGGUAGAGGAGAAGGCAGCCCACAGUCCUCAAGGAACAGUACGAGUGUACAGAUGCGGAGACUUUGUGGACUUGAGCGAUGGGCCCCACAUUCCCAGGACAGGGUUCUGCUCCCAGUUUGAGAUAACUGCAGCCCACAGCCUGGGGCCUGGUCCCUGGGGACAAGUGCGCAGAUUCCAGGGGCUCUCCCUUCCUCGGCAGCUACAGGCUUUCCAUGCAAUCUGGGAGAGGAUAAGGAAAAGAGCAGAGAGACUGGUGGAAGUCAGAGCUCCGUCCCAAGCAGCUGUGAGCACCAGCGUCCCUGCUGAGAGGAGUCUUCCUGAAUCCCAGCUUUAGCACACCCUGUCAAUGAAGAAGACCGACCUGUGCUGGGGCUUGCAUUACCAUUUUGUAUAUUUUAUAAGGACCGUAAUCACUACUUUUUCUCUUCAGAAAAUAAAUAAAACACAAAAAAAAGGA